GAUACAAAUUUGGGCGAGUUCGAGUUCGUGCCGGGCGAAAAGGCAGAAUUUAUUUCAUGAUUUUUAUUGUCAUUAAUAUAUAUAUGUAUUUUUCAACAUUUAGAUAAGAAACAACAACAACUAAAACACAGUGUGAACUAAUUAUGUUUUUUUUCUGGUUCGAAAGUGUAACUAGUUUGUGUUUGCCUAGUGGGUCGAGUUGUCCUAUCCUGCACAUGGAGAUACAAGUCGAGUGUUGAUCAUAUCAAUGGCAGAUAACAAGGACACUGAACAAGAAAAGCGUGAUCCAGAUUACGCUUACAAAUGGUUUCCCGAUAGAGGGAAGGAACGGACAUCGUUCCAGAAGAUACGAUACGGUAGACAAUCCAGUAGCUGUUAUAGGAGGAUAACGAAUUGCAUGCAAAAAGAUAGGACAAUAGCCUUGAUAGUCAAUGCUUUAAACAGCUAUGGGUGCAAAUUUGAUAGGCGUCACAUUUCCUGUGAGACAUGUAACGAAGGACAAGCAGCAUACGAUUUCCGGGCAAGGCAGGUUGUUUUUUGCCAGAACAAAGUGAAAUCUAGUGGCUACUGCGGUAUAUUGGCACAUGAACUAAUUCAUGCAUUCGACGACUGCAGGGCUAAAGUAGAUUAUAAGAAUGUUGAUCAUAUAGCAUGUACUGAGAUACGUGCUGCUAAUCUUACACAGUGUGAUUUCUUCAAUGGUUUGGUGUGUGGUGUUGUAACCCCAGGCUUGGAUAAAAGUCAACAGGCAUGUGUACGUGGCCAUGCUAUGUAUUCCCUGAUGAUGAGUCGGAACCUAUCCAAGGAAAAGGCGUUGGAGGCCAUCGACAGAGUGUGGGACCGCUGUUAUAAUGACUUAGAGCCUAUUGGACGACGAUAUAAACCUAACAAAGAGGACCGAAGCAUUGCCUCUCAUGAGGCCAGAAAGUUUGGAUUUUAAGAGAGAGAGGUUAAGAUAUAGGGAAAGUUUUUCUUUGUUUUUACAGUAAAUUUUCAUCUGUGAUACUGAACAUGUUGUGUUGUUUUAAUAUCAAGGUUCAUUAACAGGGCUUAGAAAGGCCCAAAGAUAACAGUUUGGCAUUGAAUUUGCUCUGAAAUUGAUGAAAUGGUUGUAAAGGCCCCUACAUUUUACAAAAAUGACUUGAAGGUGUCAACAUUACAUGAAAUGAUUUAUAAAAAUAUGGUAUAUAAAGUU